UACUAGUAGCAGUUGUAAUGCAUCUAAUGAUGGUGCUGCUGUUGGACUGGGGAUUUUUGUAGCUAUACUGAUGAUUCUAUUAGCUGUUAGUCUUGCUGUCAAUAUCUACUGCUUUAUGAAAUUUAUAUAUCCUGUCAUUGCAACAAAAGCAAGUAAGUCUUCUGCUGAAGAAGCAAACAAAAACGAUGAAGACAUAACAAUGAAAGAAUGUGAAUCGUAUGGUCUUCAUAAAUUAAAUAAAGCAGUAAUUUAUGAGGAGUAUGAUAAUAAAUUCCCUGUUGUGAAUGAAUCUACUACUCAUAAAGAACCAGUUAAACCUGUUGUUGGUGGAUCUACUACUGAUGAUAAACCAGUUAAACCUGUUGUUGUUGUUGAUGAACCACCUGCUGCUGCUGUACCUCCUGCUGUUUAUGAAGCAUUGGAUACUAAUGAUGUUAUACAUAAUGUUGAUGACAUUAAUAUAUAUGAAACAUAAACUAAACUUUAUCUAUGCACACAUUUAUGCUGUAUUAAUUGCUGUACUAAUAGAUAGUGUGACAUUAUUCAAAUAACAUUAUAACAAGCUUUAGAGUAGAAAGAUGUCAGCCACAUCAUACUAUUAAUUUUGUAAACAUUAAUUUAGGAAACUAAUUCACACCUGUUAUUUAGUAUAAUAGAAAACUUUCUUGUUCACAUUCUCAUGCUCAUUGUAAUACAGAUAUCCCAUGAAGGCACAUUCUGUGAUCUGGUUUGGUCAGAUCCAGAGGACAUAUCUGGCUGGGCAGUUAGCCCUAGAGGAGCUGGCUACUUGUUUGGUAAUUCUGUGACCCAGGAGUUUAUGCAUCUCAAUAACCUCAAGCUAAUAUGCAGGGCACAUCAGUUAGUCCACGAGGGCAUCAAAUACAUGUUUGACCAGCGCCUAGUGACAGUAUGGUCUGCUCCUAAUUACUGCUACAGGUGUGGUAACAUUGCAUCCAUACUCAUCAUUAAAGAUGCUAACUUGGAGGGGAAAGAGGCAAAGCUGUUUCAAGCAGUACCUGAUAAUGAGAGGGUCAUACCACAGAGAAUAACAACACCUUAUUUCUUAUGAGGGAGAACUAGAGUUUGUAGCCUUUAAUUAUACUUACUGUCUUUUUCUCAUCUCUUUGCUCUUUUUGGCUAUUAAUAACUGUCUACCUGUGUUGUUUGUAUCACCUUGUUUGUUGUUGGAAAAUUAUUAUUAUUA